AGGGUGGUGUUGGCGUGCUUCGUGGUAUCAAUGCACCUUUGUGGUCUUUCGGCUGAUAACAGAAGUUAGGCGGAUGAGUUAUAAACAAGAAGGGGAACAGCGUGUGUCGUCAGUCCAGUUGUAAAAGUCUGCAGCGAUCAUGCACGAAUCACACUUUUCUUUUUUGGUUUUAUCACCCUUGCUUCACCCUGAGAGUCUGAGGAUGUCGGGGCAGAAGCGUCCAGCUGACCCGAGCGGUUCCUCUUCCUCCGGUGCACCUCCAGAAAAGCGAAGGGACAGGGAAGGAGAGGACGGAGGACCCGGUGUCAGCUCCGCUGCCGGGGGGAGCACCGCGGUGGAGACGGUCAUCAAACUUGGAGGAGUGUCUAAUUCAGAAGAACAAGACAUCAAAGCUCUCCAAGCUAAGAACCGCAAGUUGGGGGAAGCUCUUGAUCAAAGACAGGUGAUUGAGGAUGAGUUGCGAGAGCGAAUUGAAAGACUGGAGACCCGACAGGCCACCGAUGAUGCUAGUCUACUGAUCCUUAAUAGAUAUUGGAACCAGUUUGAUGAAAACAUUCAACUGAUUAUUAGGCGUUAUGACCAAGCAAGCAGCGAACCUGAGAAAUCUCAGGCAGCUGAGGGACGGAGCCUCAAGCCAGAAACUCCAGAGCCUGAUGGUGACUCCAACCAGGAGAGGACCAAGGACAGAGGCCAACAGGGAGAGGCUUCAAACUCUUUCUUGGCCACAUUGGCGAGCAGUAGCAGCGAGGAGAUGGAGGCUGAGCUGCUGGAGAGAGUGGAGUCCAGCCAGAAGCAGGCCAAUCAUGUGGUGGAGAUCUAUGAGUGUCUGAAGAGCACUGUGGACCAACUGAAAGCAGAGCUGGACUCUGGUGCUGAGGGUACUGUAUGGCAGGCAGCUUCUAAACUGAACUCGCUCCUGACCAGUGAAAAUGAGCGGCUGCGACAACUGACUGAGGACCUCAAGCAGAAGUACAGUCACAUGACAAGCGAGUCUCGAGCUCUGGGUCGGGCAGCCAACAAAGCAGACCAGCGCGUCAAUGAGCUGCAGGUUCUGAUCGAGGAGCUCCAGUGGGAUAUGGAGAAGAUCCGCCGGCGAGAGAACAGACUGAAUGCACACCUCAUUGAGAUAUUGGAGAGGGUGAACAGCAAAGGCUAUAAGGUGUGUGGGGAGGCCAGCAGCGUUUGUGGGACCAUCACCAUUAACAAGAGAAAGUUUGAAGAGAUGAAUAGUGAGAUGGAAGAGAACAAGGAGCUGGCAGAGAACCGCCUCACUGAGCUGCAGAAGCUCCAGCAGGACCUGCAGAACGUGGUUCAGGAGAACAACAACAUGAAGACAGAGCUGCUCAGUCGAGCAGAGGGCAUGGUAAAGGAGACCUCUGAGUAUCGCUGUCUGCAGUCGCAAUUUUCUGUGCUCUACAACGAAUCCCUGAUCCUUAAGGCUCAGUUAGAUGAGACACGUGCUCGCCUCAACACUACAAGGACAGCGAGGCUUCGACAGCUGGAGCACAUGGAGAAUGAUGAGGUGACUCUGCAGAGGAAGGUCCGCACAGAGGUGUUUCAGCUGGAGGAUACGCUAGCUCAAGUCAGGAAGGAGUACGAGAUGUUGCGCAUCGAAUUCGAACAGACUCUCGCUGCCAACGAGCAAGCAGGUCCCAUCAACAGAGAGAUGCGUCACCUGAUCAGCACGCUGCAAACCCACAACCAGCAGAUGAAGGGAGAGGUGUUGAAAUACAAGAUCAGACUGAGAGAGACACAAGCCGAGCUAAACCAGGUCCGCGCUGCAAAGGGCAAUGCCAUCCUCCAGUCCCAGUCGAGCACAGAGAUGGAUGUGAAAGAUGAGACCACCUCUCCUUCCACCCCAGCGGUCUCUGGUGAAUCUGUGAUCAAGACAGAGCCUGACAACGGCUCCUCCACACCCAGCAGCACCGGAGCCACGGUGAAAAUAGAGCCUGGAGUAGAACCUGAGGCGACCUUAAAAGAGGAAGAGAAAGAGGAGAAGAAAGACAAAGAGGAAAAGAAAGAAAAGGACAUUGUAAAGAAAGAGGAGAAAGAUCGAGAGCGGGAGAAAGAGAGGGACAGGGAGAGAGAGAGGUCUACCCGUGGUAGUGGGAGCAGCGGUGUGAUAAAGGACGAGAAAGAGAAGCCAUCGAGCAGCAGUCAACCUGAGGAGUCCGCUGGGGAGCGACUGUCUGUGGUUGGCGGGUCAAAGAGGAAGGAGAUGGAGCAACUGAAGAUUGUCCGAGCAGAACUCAAGAAAGCCCAGGAGUCCCAGAGGGAGAUGAAGCUGCUGCUGGACAUGUACCGCUCAGCACCAAAGGAGCAGAGGGACAAAGUCCAGCUCAUGGCUGCAGAGAAGAAGUCCAAGUCAGAGGGAGAGGAGCUGCGGCAGAGGCUGAGGGAGCUGGAGGAGAGGGAGAGGAGGGAGGGCAAAAAGAUGGCAGAUGAAGAGGCUCUGAGGAAGAUUCGCUCUGUGGAGGAGCAGAUCGACACCCUCAACAAGAAGCUCUCUAUAGCAAAACAGGAGGAGGACGCACUGCUGAGCGAGAUGGAUGUGACUGGACAGGCCUUCGAGGACAUGCAGGAACAGAACAUUCGCCUGAUGCAGCAGCUCAGAGAGAAAGACGAUGCGAACUUCAAGCUGAUGAGCGAGCGGAUCAAGUCCAACCAGAUCCACAAGCUCCUAAAAGAGGAGAAGGAGGAGCUGGCCGACCAACUGCUCACUUUGAAAACUCAGGUCGAUGCCCAGUUGCAGGUGGUGAGGAAGUUAGAGGAAAAAGAGCGCCUCCUGCAGGGCACCAUCAGCACUGCUGAGAGAGAGUUGGCCCUCCGAACACAGGCUUUGGACAUGAACAAACGCAAGGCUCAGGAAUCUGCGUUGCUGUCGGAGGAGGUGCGAACUCAGCUGGAGCAGGUUCAGCAGAGGCUCAACCUGGUCAGGGAAGAACUCGUCGAGAACAGCAUCUCCAGGGAGAAAGAGUCCUUUAAUGCCCGGCGAGCACAGGAGGACAUCUCCAAACUCAGGAGAAAGAUCGAGAAGGCCAAGAAACCAGCUGAGAAGAUCAGCAAUGGAGAUGACAUCCUAAAUGAAGAAAUCAGUGAAUAUAAGGCUCGUUUAACGUGUCCAUGCUGCAACUCCCGGGUGAAGGAUGCUGUACUGACAAAGUGCUUCCACGUCUUCUGCUUCGAGUGCGUUAAGACACGCUAUGACACACGUCAGAGGAAGUGCCCCAAGUGCAACGCCGCCUUCGGAGCAAACGACUUCCACCGCAUUUACAUCGGCUGAACCUGAGGUUCCUCGCGCGUGCUGCGGAGGAAAAGGGUUCAACAAUAUAAGCAGUAGUACAAAAUACUGCCAAGACUUUCCACUCUGAACACGUGGCCCUCCUCCAGGACAGUAUCGGUGUGAUAUCUCUGGAUGAUUCCCACCAUGUAGGGCAGCUGUGAUGCUCUGAACUGAACGCUUUAGGUUUUUUCUUCUUUUUCUUUUGUUUUUUAAACAGUGACUGAAUUCAGUUUCUCUCAUUAAGUACCCACUACUUCACAGUGCGUUUUCAGAUACUGGUGUAGGAAAAAUGUAGAGAAUGAGGUUGUGCAACAUUGCAUCGCACACUGAAUGAUGAUUGUGGGUAUGUGUGGGUGUGUGUGAGGGUGCGCAUUCGCAGUGUGAAAAGAAAAAGAUUAAACAGUAGUAGUAUGAACGACCAUCCUCUCAGUGUAGUGGUUGUUGAUAUAAUGUUGGAGUUUAUGUACAUAGUCAGUGUCAAUCCUGAUUCUUUUUCUUUCUUUAUUAUUUUUUUUAACUGCCUGUUUAAAAUUCUCUAAAAAUCUAACUUGAUGUUGUGUACUGGCUGUACCUUUAGUUAUUAAACUGCCCAGCUUCA